AGCGCGCACCCUCUGCGCCGGAGCGUUGCCCGCGAUCCGCGCCCGCCCCGUCCGUGCGGCGCGCGGGCGGAGACGCCGUGGCCGCGCCGGAGCUUGGGCCGGGGGCCGCCAUCGAGGCGGGGGCCGCGCGAGGGCCGGAGCGGAGCGGCGCCGCAAGCGCAAACUUGGGCUCGCGCUUCCCGGCCCGGCGCGGAGCCCGGGGCGCCCGGAGCCCCGCCAUGUCGCGAUCCAACCGGCAGAAGGAGUACAAGUGCGGGGACCUGGUGUUCGCCAAGAUGAAGGGCUACCCACACUGGCCGGCCCGGAUUGAUGAGAUGCCCGAGGCCACCGUGAAGUCAACAGCCAACAAGUAUCAAGUCUUUUUCUUCGGGACCCACGAGACGGCAUUCCUGGGCCCCAAAGACCUCUUCCCUUACGAGGAGUCCAAGGAGAAGUUCGGCAAGCCCAACAAGAGGAAAGGAUUCAGCGAGGGGCUGUGGGAGAUCGAGAAUAACCCUACGGUCAAGGCAUCUGGCUACCAGUCAUCCCAGAAAAAGAGCUCCGUGGAAGAGGCCGAGCCCGAGCCUGAGCCCACAGAGAGGGACAGUGAUAAGAAGGGCAAUGCCGAGGGGAGCAGUGAUGAAGAGGGCAAGCUGGUUAUCGAUGAGCCAGCCAAGGAAAAGAAUGAGAAGGGGGCACUGAAGAGGAGAGCGGGGGACACGCUGGAGGACUCCCCUAAACGUCCCAAGGAGGCAGAAGAUGCUGAAGGUGAGGAGAAGGCAGUAGCCACCGUGGAGGUGGAGAAGAACAGCACCCCCUCUGAGCCUGGCUCUGGCCGGGGGCCACCUCUGGAGGAGGAGGAAGAGGAGGAAGAGGAGGCAGUGGCCCCCAAGGAGGAUGCUGAGGCCCCUGGUGUCAGAGAUCAUGAGAGCCUGUAGCCACCAGUGUUUCAAGAGGAGCCCGCGUCCCGUUCCUGCUGCUGUCUGGGUGCUACUGGGGAAACUGGUCGUGGCCUGCAAACUGGGAACCCGCCUUCCCACCCCAACCCGCUCUCCUGUUCUGCCCCUCACUCUCCCCACUCUAAGCCCAGCCCCUGGAGAUGGAACCAGAUGGGGUAAACCACCCAGCCCUCACUUUCCAGGUCCCAUCGCUUCUGAGAUGAGUGGGGGGCCAGGCUUCAGCUCUCUGGGAAGGGAUGAGGCUACUGCUGCCCUGUCCUGCUUACAGCUGUUCCCCAGGGCUCCUGUUGGGGCCGGCAGCGCCUGCUUCCACCUCCCAACAUCUCCCUGUUCCUCCCUUUCCCCCACGUAUUCUGGACCUCUGGGUGGGGAUCAGGAGGAGAAAGGAAGGGACAGAGCAUGAACAACAGGGUGGCUACCUGGACUUGGGAGAGGUAGUCCUCAAAUGGGGUGGGAACGUCUUUUGGAGCUCCUCUUCCAUCCUCCCAUACCUCUUUCGCCAGCUGCCUAGAUUCAGGGAAAGUAGGACAGUUUGCACAGGCAAAGGGUGCCCUACCAUAAAUCCUUGAUGACUGACAACACCCAUUCUUGCUCUUUGCUGACCCCUGGGACUUCUGGGAGUUGUAGUUUAUCAUCAGAAGAGAUGUGUAGGGGCUUCCAAAAGUUGUUAGGCCAAGGACCCGAGACCCAAAGGGUCAGCUUGGCCUGUUUGGAUGGGGUAUUGUGCAUCUGUCCUGCCUCAGAUCUCAGGGGUGAGAGAUGGGAUGCCCUGGGGAGAUACCCCUACAAGCUGCCCUUUUGCUUCCCUCCAUCCCUCCCUCCCCUACAGUGCUCUAGGCCAGCCUUCAGUGACAGAGAUCACCCAGACAAAUGAAAAUGACACAUUUUUUAGGAAAUGUUUUUAAUAAAAGAAAAUUACAAAAAAAUUUUAAGGACCCCCAACCCACCCUUUUGUGUGCUCUCCAUUCUGCCUGAUCCCCACUGUUGCUCCCAUUUUUGAGGUGCACUCGCAGGCUCCCCCUUCUCUUUGGGGCUCUGAUGUUCUGGUGUCGCUUCUUUACACACACACCCCCUUUGUCUCCCUCGGUGUUGUUACCAGACCUGAUCCCUAAGCCACUGAGAGGACACAGGGAAAUGUGUGCUGACUCCCAGCCUCUUCCUGGUGGUCUCUCCAUGCCUCCACUCUGUCUCCUUCACCCUUGUCCCCUCUCCCUUGGGCUCUGAUGAAAAAUUGCUGACUGUAGCUUUGGACGUUCAGCUCUGAAAACGGUAGACAAUUUCAGUUCUAGGAAAAAUAAAGCCUGUUGAUUACUA